AUGGCCAAGUCGAAGAAGCAAGGGCAGCCGUUCUGGCUUGGAGGUGCUGCAGCAUCAAUGGCUGCAUGUUUCAGUAUGCAUAUCCAGUUCCGUCUCGCUCCAGGGGAGAAAACAGCGCGACUGACGUCUCUUUUCAGCGCACCCGCUGGACCAGACGAAAUAGAUGCAAGUUAUGUCCACAAAGCAGAAUAUGCUGCGGACGAUGAUCCAAUUCGCAAGCAGAGAUGGUGCGUGAUCCAGUGCACGCACUUCGAUGACAAUCAACUCAUUCAGGUGGCAGGCAUUUCAUCGCUGUGGUGGGGGAUAUCGGCCUCGAUGCUUCGUCAAUCCACAUAUUCGACCGCGAGAUUCGGCCUUUAUAAUUAUUUUGCCGGGAUCGUCAGAGAGCGAACAGGGCAAACACGAUUACCCAGCUCGUGGGAGGUCGUCUGCGCAGGUACCGCGGGCGGUCUGGCCGGACUCAUCGGAAACCCCACAGAGGUUGCCUUGGUAAGGAUGUGUGCUGAUGGAGCAAGAUCGCCAAGUCAGCGAUUCGGAUAUAAUCAUGCCGUUGCCGCCAUUAUCAGGAUUGGCCGUGAAGAAGGAGUGCGGACCUUCAGCAGAGGUCUCGGUCCCAAUGUCGUCCGCAGUGUGAUAAUGAGUAAAUAUUCCGCAGCCAAGCGGCAGCUCCUUUCGGACCCUACAUUAGGCCUCAGUGAUGGAAUCUUCACUCACUUUCUGGCCUCUUUGCUUGCGGGGACAGUCGCAACAACUGCCUGCGCACCUGCCGAUGUUUUGAAGAGCCGGGUCCAAAAUGCAGUGGCUGUUGACGGGGUGAAACCAAGUGUAAGCAAGAUCAUCGUAGAAUCUUUGCGCAACGAGGGACCUGGGUUUUUGAUGAGAGGCUGGACUCCUGCUUGGCUGAGGCUGGCGCCAAACACAGUUCUCACUUUCGUCUUCAUUGAGCAGCUGCAGAAAUUGGUAAAUCUCUCAAGAGAUAUGAAGGCGGUCGAACCAGUCUCUGAUAUGGUGCCGGCACCUGCGUCCCGGCAGAAGAUUUAA